AUGUUGCACCCUCUGAAUCUCGUACACAUCCUUAGUCUAUACCUUGGCAUCAGCCAUGCACUGCUUCACGCACAAGGACUCUCUGUCACUAACAUGGGUGUUGUGGACAUCAUCGCGAUUCUGUGGACCUUGCAGAUGAUUGCCGGUUACUACUACUUCAACUCUGCUUCGGUGAUUGAGGGACACAUCCAGCACGUCAAGGACAUCAUCAUCGCAUCCAACAGCCAAUGUGACUAUUCCAAGAAGCCUCUAAAGCCCACAUACGUCAACGUGGAGGGCAAUGUGCGCAGAUUGGAACCAACAUGGUGGACCCGACUCGCGUAUGAUAACAGGUGGGUUGGCGAGGUGAAGGCUAUGGACAAGAAGGAUUGUGAACACCUCCUGGCCUCGACGAAGAGAUGUCACUUUAACAAAGCAGACGCCGCCCAGGAGCUCUCAGGUUACUUCCACCAAAUGUAG